CUAAGGGUGCUGGGGUGGCAGUGCUUUGGCGUUUGUGCACUAGCUGGAGUGUGUUGAGGGAGAUCGUGGAAUCGUUGUUGUCACGUGCUUAUUUUUCUGUGUAGCCUUGUUCGGGUUUUAGUUCGCUAUGGCAGUUUCUCUAGUUGCGUGGGGCCAUGUUGGUGGUCGCGUAGUCAUGGCUUUCGAGAUGCGUGAUCUCCGAGACUUCCGCAUGGGUCGUGAGUUUGAGUUCACAGGAGCAGUUUCUCGGCACGAGAUUUGCCAUUACGAGAUCGAUGCAGGGGGGCAGUUGUCCUUACGUCUGGUGGUUGGGUUGGGCUAUGAUGAGGAGUAUCUGCGUGACGUCAUUGUGUAUGUGACGAAGGUGCACGAUGAUGUUCCAGACCGUCACGUUGGUGUAGGCGAGGACAUCGUCGAGUGUAUGGUGUGUUUGGUUACUACGGCAAUACUCUCAGAACAUGGUGAUUACCUAUCUUCAAUAGUGGAAUGGGAAGCAAUUCUGGAUGCGCCAUUGGCAGGCCGUGCCUAUAUGCAUGGCGACCUUCAAUUGUAAACCGAGGUGCAUAAACCAGUGCUAUAGGUGGUCUAGAUGGUCGAGUAGCAUCUGUGGUGUAUGUGACGAAGGUGCACGAUGAUGUUCAAGACCGUCACGUUGGUGUAGGCGAGGUCAUCGUCGAGUGUAUUUUGCGUCUGGUUAUUGCGGCAAUACUCUCAG